CAUCAAGCGACAUCAGGCAAACACUGAAAAUUGACGUCAGAACUAUGUAUACAUUUCUCAGUUCGGUAAGCAAAUUAUCAUUAGGUGAUAUUUUGCAAAUAUAACAUCAUAACAUGAAAUGAUACCUUUUUGAAAAUUUACAGUGUUAAAUAUAUCAUCAAAAGCAUCGUAAUGCAGCGUUAAUUGAAGAGAUCAACCUUUAUUUGCAAACAUAUUUCUAAACAUAACAUUGAUAUUCGAAAAAUUUAAAGUGAUAAAUCAGUGUGCAAAAACAAACAUGUUUGCAUUCUUGACAAAAAGAAUUUUGUUACAGCAACUUAUUUAUAUACGUCGUUUUGGAUGUAAAGCUGCUGCUACUACCACUACUAGUACCACCUCUACCACUACUACUUCCAAUCCAGAUUCAUGUAGCUCGUUCGAUCUAGUUAUUGUCGGGGGUGGUAUUGUUGGAUGCGCUACUGGUCGAGAAAUGUUAAUAAGACAUCCUAGCUUAAAGAUAGCAAUCGUUGAAAAAGAAAAUGAGCUAGCAAAACAUCAAACAGGGCAUAAUAGCGGUGUAGUACAUGCUGGCAUUUAUUACAAGCCUGGCUCUAUGAAAGCACGACUAUGUGUGGAAGGUUUAAAACUGAGUUACGACUAUUUUUGUAAACACGAUAUAUCUCACAAAAAAGUUGGAAAACUAAUAGUGGCUCACAGUAAAGAACAAGUCAAACAAUUGGAUAUCUUGUACGAUCGAGCAAUUCAAAAUAAUGUACCGGAUAUCCAAAUAGUUGAAAAACAUUGUAUAUCAAAUUACGAAGCUAAAUGCAAAGGAGAAAAAGCAAUAUGGUCACCAUGGACAGGUAUAGUCAAUUGGGCAGAAGUUUGUAAACAUUUUGGCAAAGAUUUUCAAAAAAUGGGUGGAAAAAUACUUUUAAAUUUUGAAGUUGUUGGUUUCUCAGAGAUGACAGAAUCUAAAGGGGCAAAUGAAUUAACUCCAAUUUCAGUGCAUUCGAAAGAUAAAUGUUUACCAACAAAAUACGUGUUAACAUGCGCUGGGCUACAUUCGGACCGUUUAGCAAUAAUGACAGGAUGCGAUCGUAGCCCACAAAUUAUUCCCUUUCGGGGAGAAUAUUUGUUGUUGAGCGAAAGCAAAAGAAAUUUAUGCAACACCAAUUUAUAUCCUGUUCCAGACCCUAGAUUACCAUUUUUAGGCGUUCAUUUUACACCUAGAAUCACUGGCGAAAUAUGGCUUGGUCCAAAUGCAGUUUUAGCAUUUUCAAGAGAGGGUUAUCGGUGGCGCGAUAUAAAUAUAAAAGAUUGUAUAGAAAUGGCAAAAUUUCCAGGACUGUACAAAUUAUGUAUCCGACAUUUUGUACCAGGAUUAAGAGAUAUGAUUAAAUCAAUUUUUUAUCCACUUAUAAUAAGAGAUUUACAAAAAUUUAUCCCCGAAGUAACUAUUAGAGAUAUAAAAAGGGGGCCAUCAGGUGUUAGAGCGCAAGCAUUGGAUAAAAAUGGCAAUUUAGUAGAUGAUUUUGUUUUCGAUGGAGGAAAAGGUAAUAUCGGUAAGAGAGUAAUACAUUGUCGCAAUGCACCUUCUCCUGCUGCAACUAGUUCCAUGGCGAUUGCUAAAUAUAUUGCUGAUAAACUAGAAAAAGAUUUUAAAUUCUGACGAGUCCGACAAGAAAUUCGGAUACCAAAUUUAAAAAUAAUCCGUGUUAAUACAUAUAAAAAUAAAAAUUUAUAUUUGAAAAUAAAUACGUAAAAAAAUAUGUGCAUUUUGAAAAUAAUGUGUUCAUGACUUAUGUACAUACCGUAACGUGCAAUAAAACAUACUUUAUCUUCUUCUUUAU